UUGCUUUCAGUAAACUUAUGGACAGGCCAACAAUCCACUCGAACCUGCUCUCUGAGACUCUGCAUUUAAAGCAGCCCAUGAAAUCUGUGGAGAUGCAAAGUGUCAAAACAACAAAGUCAGUAGGACCACAGCACAGCUCAGCUGCUCUCUGGAGACCAACUAAUAUGGAAGACCUACAGCCAGUUGGAAGACAAGCUGUGCAUAGACAUCCUACUCCUCAUCAUGGCUUGCAAUCUCUGCAGGGCACAUGGGAAGAGCAGAACAUUCGAACGACCUCUUCUCAAAGCUUUAGAGCUGCGCCGAUCAAAGACAGAGAGAUGCUCCAGUUAAACCAUGUGAACGAUGAGAGAGUGGCCAGUCAUCCUGCUGCUUUUGUGGAAGACUUCCAGUCUAAUACAGGGCUGAGCGGGGAUGGUCAAGAAGUAACUGGUCAGCUACAGCAUGUGAUGAACUUGGAGAGAAGAAUUAAAGAAAGUCCUAGUGAACGUCAAACACACAGAAAGGAAAAUGACAACGGUGAUCUGUACAUGAAGCCAGCUUCUGCCCUCAAAAAUGUUAAACUUAAUGUUGAGCCUCUUGUUUUGGGAACUCCUAAGAAAGUUCUCAAAACAGAGUCCAUCCUGGUUACUGUAGCCCUACACAACACACUGGAUGUCUCUAACAGUUACCAUGCAGAGACCAUUGCUACUGAAUUCAAACCUGUUCUCCCGAGAAGCACCAGAAGUGGCCUGUUGGGAAAGACAGCUGCUGCUACCGCACAUCUUGGCACUCCAGUAACCAAAGACACAGAACCUCCACUGAUCAUGAGCACAAAAUCACCUCCUUCCUAUGCCUCUUCUGGUGGAGUAUCAAAGGACACUGCAUCCUUGAAAAUAGAACAGGAAAAAGAUUCCUUUGAUAUGGCGUCCAUCUUCACAUCUCUUGAAAAUGAUACCAUGUUGGAAUCUCAGCACAAUCCUGGAGAUGUCUUAUUUGAAGUAACUAGUGAAAUUGAACACAAGGGAUGGAUCCCACGUAGUGGAGAUGAGCUGAAAAAGGCUCUCAUGGAAUCUAUUAAGCUUCACAUACAAAAGAACCUGAAACUCUUGGUAAGCAAAGUCAAUGAAAUCAAGUUGAAGGAAAUCAAAAGGACAAAUGACCUAAAACCAACAUUCACUUUCUGGUUACACUUAAAACCAGAGGAAAGGAAUCUGUCUGUCUUACUCCAUUCUCAACUGAAUGAUCUCAUUGGCAAAUCUAUGGGAGCUGAGAAGUUGCAGAUGGCUUUAUUAUCAGUUAGAGAUGUGAAUGAAUGCAACUCUGGAAUUGGAAUGUGUGGUGAUGAGGCUGACUGCCUCAAUGAAGAUGGCACUUACUUAUGUCGCUGUAAAAAAGAGUACGAAGAUCGCUCUCCGACGAAAUCUGGCACGCUGUGCGUCCGCAUUCCACAAUCCGGUAUUGGCGGUUUGUUCAGCUACCUGGAAAUUCUGGUAGGUACUACAGUAUUCUUCAUCUUCAUCCUCGUGGUGGUGGCAAGCAGUCUGUGCACAAUACUCAGGAAAAGACCCACAAAGAAGGCUUGUAUUGAGGAGCCGGUUGCAAGUGGAACACCUUCUUCAGCACAGUCUCAGCUGCCUGUAUCUUCUAUUGAUCUGAGUAACCUUGGUGACCACCUGAUCCUGGACCCCUUCCGGCCAAAGCUCAGAGCCAAGCCCCCAGAAUGGACAUCACAAGUGCGAGCCCACCCAAAUGAGACUUAUAGAAUCUCCGUUGAGCAAUCUGAAUGUUUGUAAAGCAAACCUAUACUGAAAGUUUGAGUUUUUUCUACUGAUUUCCUCUUAUUUACCAUUCAUGAGCUGAAAUGGCCUAUUCCUUUCAACAGAACUUGAACAAUCCUGUAUCUCCUACACCUGUUUUCUGUUGGCUGAAGUGAAUAGAGCUGUGGCUCAAAAGAAAAUUUAUUUUAGUUCUUGGUUGGAUUCUUGACCCCUGUACUGUCUGUUUGGUUUCAUAUCGCUGAUUCUUUGUAACUUGAAGGAAUUUUCUGCAAACAGCUGGCAUGUAAAUAAAGCUGGUAUCUCACUAAGCAUGGAAAAUGUACACCUUGCGUACUGUUGGUGUUAGAUGCAAGGAGUGGGGAAAGACAGAAGACUUCAGUUAGCAGGAAACCUGAAAAGGAUUAGUUUAAGCAAGUUUACUGCCCCUUGUUAGGCAAACAAGUCAACUGAAAACCAGAAGUAAAUUAAAGCAGUACCAGGGCAACUCUUAACUGUAUUGCCCUUGGUCUUCCUGACACCACCUUCCUUUUUUUUCUUUCUUUUUUUCUUGUUAUCUAGGCACUCUGCAGUCUAUCUUGCUUUCUUUACUAUCAAACCUAAUCCUCUUAUGCGUACAUGCACUAAUGUAAAACAAUUUAUUUACAUAAAGGUGGUGUCUCUAUAACAAAUGUCCCAUCUUGUCUUAACUCUAAACUCUAGCUGUACAGAAUUCCAGCUUUAUCAUUUUAAAUGAGAACUUCAUGGAAAUGACUUGUCUGAAAAUAAUGGUGU